AUGACAGGAUCCAAAACCAAGCGACAUCGCGAUCAAGAAAGUUAUUGCGGAACAGACAAAACCAAUGAACUACCAGAUGAUUUAGUUUUCUCAAUCUUGUCUAAAAUUCAGGACACCAAAACCCUAAUACGCUGCUAUUCUGUCUCCAAACACAUGGCUUCCCUUGUCUCCAAGAUCGACACCAUCUUACUUAAACUUCCUCAUAGGAAUCAUCAUUCUCCCUCAUGCCUACGACAAGACCAAGUCCCAGAAGGGGCAAUCCCUGGCCUCAUGAAGGUGUUUAAAAAUCUGAAGUCUCUGAAAGUCAAGCUCUGUCCAUGUUAUUCUCCAACUAAUUCCCCAGCCGCUACCGUUAGGGCAGAAGUUGUGUUUGGCAAUGAUGAUGAUGGUGAUAUACAGUAUAACUGGUGUUUGGCAUACGAGUUUGGGUCAUUAUCAAGGACAACUACUGAUGGCGAUGCUUCAUUGUCUUUUGAAAUAAACCAGCUCCAAGCUAUCAGGGGUGUGGUGAAUGAUAUGAAGGAAUGGGCAUCUUCUACCUCUUUUAAAGAAAUACUUCGGUGUCGACCAAAAACACUGAGUACCUGGGUGAUUUCCCUUGCUAAAACACAAGGGUCUAGAUUAGUAAGGAAGGUGUUUAUGCAAAAAGAACAGCUCUACAAGUUUCUUAUUUCGAUUUUGAACUCAGGGGUGAACGAGAGCUGGCUUAAUAACCCUCAGAAUGUGAUUUAUUUGCUUAACCUGCAGGAUGAGAAUUGGCUUGAAAAGAAGGUGUGGCUCGUUGGGCAAUCUGAAGAGUCAAAAAUUGAAAUAGAGAGACAUUUGGAGAAGUUCUCAUUAAUUGUCGGAACAACAGAAAGCUUAAAGCUUCUAGGCCGCAUAAGAGCUUUUGAUCGUCACUGCAACAUGGUUCUUGAAAAUGUCAGGGAGAUGUGGACUGAGAAGGCGCUUCCUGUUAACAAGGAUAGAUUUAUUAGUAAGCUGUUUCUCCGAGGAGAUUCUAUAAUUAUUGUCCUCAGAAAUCCUAAAAUAGUUGUUAUAUUUACUAAUAUUCAGGUCUGUAAAACAGAUCUGCAAAUCAAGCCUUCAUUUGGAGAAGAAAGCCGAGUGCCAAUUGUUGUGCGCCUCCUAGAUGAAUUUGCAAAGAAAAGGGCAACCAAAGAUCUCGGAUACUUUCUUGCUGUCUCGACUUUGGAGAACAUAGGGGAGGGAAAAGUCAAGCAGCAGACAAGGGAUCGACAUCACCUUCAAGAUUUUCAGGGGGAGAUCUUAGAGGGGGUUGUUCACAAGGUCCUUAAGCAUGGGGUUCUCUUGAAAAGUGGGCCAAUGGAGAACAUCUAUCUUUCUUGUAUGAAAAUGACUGGUUAUCGCUAUGUGCCUACGUCUAAGAUCGAAAAAGAUGUGGUGGUUCGUUUUGUUGUGCUCGGAACAAAGUGGCUAGAGGUAGAAAGGGAAUUCCAGGCUUUGGUCAGUUUAGAGGGCGAUUAUCUUGGAUCGGUUUCUUAA